GGAAGCCAUGGAGGAGAUACUCGUAGGCAUCCGAUAUCCGGACCCCACAUAAGGUCGAGAAGUAGUAAGGGUGAAGACCAGAUAGAAGAGUGAAGGUGAAGUAAGUAGUAAGUACUUCCAAUCGAAGCGGAAGGAAGACAUUUAGGGUUGACGGCAACCCGAUCCCAGUAGAAGUAGGAAGGGACGAGGAAAGCAAAGAUGGCGGAGAUGAACGAAGUGAGGGAGGCGCGCUCCCCGCCUGCCGCACCAGAGCAGCCGAUGGAGGAAGAUGAGGAUCGAAUACGAGAAUUAGCACGAUUGUGCUAUGAUGAAGGAAUCUUCACAGGAUCAAUAGAUCCGGGUGAGAUGACGAUAAACGGGCACGAAGCAACAUUCAGAGUCAAAGCAAGGAUUGAUCAAACAAAAGUGAAAUGGUUGAAGAACCAUACGGUGACUAUGAUCUUCAGAGAAGGGGCGCGAUUCUUACCUAAGAAGGUCAAGGAUGAUGCGGUCAGAGCCUACGAAGACGACCGUCUACAGGAUGGGGCGUUCGAAGCGACAACGUUUAGAAAAGCCAGGGUGAAAGUGGAAAGCCCGAACGUUGUAUCCUACGUGGCGAAGAGCACUCAGGUAGAAGAUUGGCUCAUGAUGAAAGGAAGGGACGAAGUGAUGCUGGGCACGACGAAAUGCGUGUUGGAGUUUAAGCCAUGGGUCACACAAGCGCAGUUGAGGGAGCAAAGGAGACAGGAAGAGGAAGCGAACUUUUGGGUAGUAGUUGUGCAAGUGUCACUUGGUGCGAUGCUAUAUUCGGAGGCACAAGUGUCGAAGGCUAUAGGCCCAGUGAUUCGUGCUCACCACCAGAACAGGAUCGGCAGAAUCCGUCUUUGAUCAACCUCAAGUUUGACGUGGAGCCAUCCACACGUCAAAAUAUGAAGGAUAAAAUUUCAGUUGUCAUGUUCGAAGGAGACACGCUCACGGUCAACAUGGCGUCAUCGGAAACUCCACGAUGUCGACGGUGCAGAGCUUUCUUUCACGAAGAAACACAGUGCAGACGAAACAGACAAAACCAACCAGGGUCACAAAGUACACAAGGAGACACUCAGGGAGCGUCAGGAAGACAGCCGGAGCACGUAGGGCCCUUGGGACCAGGCCAACAAGCAGUAUGCACCGGUACAACCAGGACCGAGCGCAAUAGGAGGAAUUCAGGAACAUGGAGCAACAAACAGCUACAACAACG